AUGUUGGCGGGCCUGUCGGUUGGUCUUCUCGUUUCCCUUUGCAGCCAGAGCGCCCUGGCUGCAUUUGGUGUCACAGACAAUGGCGACAGCUACACCAUCGAUGCAGGAUCGGCAAACCCCCUGAUAUUUACGGUUGACAGUUCCAGCUGCGACAUCACGUCAAUUUUAUAUCGCAGCCAGGAGUACCAGUAUUCAGCCACAGGCUCUCACAUCGGAUCCGGUCUCGGCUCGGCAGAUGUCAGUGUGGAGACUCUUGACGAUGUGAUCAAGGUUACGUGCACCACGGACACGCUCAUUCACUACUAUGUAGCCAAGUCAGGGGACAGCGUCAUCUACAUGGCGACAUACACGAGCGCCGAGCCAUCAAUCGGAGAGCUGCGCUACAUCGCGCGGCUUGAUUCGUCGGUGCUGCCGUCGGAGUACCCCUUUGGCGAUGUUUCGACGACGGCGGGCAGCUCCGAGACGGUCGAAGGGUCGGAUGUGUUUGUGGUCGACGGCGAGACGCGCAGCAAGUUCUACUCGAGCGAGCGCUUCAUCGACGACGACGUCCACUGCGUGUACGGCGACGACGUGCACGCGUGCAUGCUGAUGCCGCAGUACGAGACGUCGUCGGGCGGGCCCUUCUUCCGCGACAUCAACACCAACAACGGCGGCGACAUGACGGCGCUCUACUGGUACAUGAACAGCGGCCACGUGCAGACCGAGUCGUACCGCAUGGGGCUGCACGGGCCGUACGCCAUGUACUGGUCGCGGUCGGGCAUCCCGACGCUCGCCAACGUCGACUUCUCGUUCAUGGCGGACCUGGACCUCGAGGGCUACGUGGGCGAGAGCGGGCGCGGCACGGUGACGGGCACGGCGUCGGGCGUCGACGGCAGCGCGCACCAGAUCGUGCUGCACUGGUACAACGACGACGCCCAGUACUGGACCUACGCUUCCUCCUCGGGCGCCUUCACCUCGCCCGCCAUGAAGCCCGGCACCUACACCAUGGUCCUGUACCAGACGGAGCUCAAGGUGGCCGAGGCGAGCGUCACCGUCACGGCCGGGUCCAGCGCCAGCGCAAACAUCGCCAGCGAGUGGGACGCCCACGAUGACAGCACCCUCUUCCAGAUCGGCACGUGGGACGGCAAGCCCGACGGCUUUCUCAACGCCGCGAACCAGCUGCGCAUGCACCCCAGCGACUCGCGCAUGAGCGACUGGGGCCCCGUCACCUACACCGUCGGCUCGUCCAGCGACAGCAGCGUGCCCAUGGCCCUGUUCAAGGGCGUCAACGACCCGCUGACCAUCACCCUCGCCCUCGACGAUGCCGACACCAGCGGCGAGGCCACCCUCCGCGUCGGCACCACCCUGUCCUUCGCCGGUGGCCGGCCCUCGAUCACUGUGAACGACCACUCCGACUCCGCCGCCGCCCCGACCAAGAUCGACUCUCGCGGCGUCACUCGCGGUGCGUACCGUGGCUACGGCGAGAUCUACGACUUCACCAUCCCCGAUGGCACGCUGUCCACCAGCAACACUAUCACCAUCUCUGUCAUUUCAGGAAGCAGUGGUGAUGGCUAUCUGACGCCCAACUACAUCCUUGACAGCAUCCACCUCUUUAAGAAUUGA